AAAAGUGCUGUCAAUCGCAAAAAAUCUCCCCCUAUUUUUGAAUAAUGUAAACAUAAACAAUAAAUACUUGUUUAUUGAAUAAUUAGAUAAGAUAUUUCAAACAGAAUACGUAACUUUGGCCUAUUGUCCGGUAACUAUGAUUAAGUAGCUCAAAACAUGGCCACGGACGACCCCAGGACGCCUUUAUUGGGAUCGACUCCCAACGGGCGCAUCCAACGAGCGGCGGUGAAGCUAUGCGGGCUGGAGUCCUGGAGACGGCGGGUGCCCAUCACGGUGUGGCUGCCGACCUACAAGCUCGAGUACCUACUGCGAGACGCCAUAGCUGGAAUAACAGUCGGUUUGACGUCCAUACCACAAGGAAUAGCGUACGCUAUAGUGGCAGGGGUGCCCCCCCAGGUGGGCCUAUACUCGAGUAUAUUCCCAGGAAUAGUAUACGCAAUAUUCGGCAGCUGCAAGGACGUGACUGUUGGCCCAACUGCCAUAUUGGCCGCGUUGUUGGCCAAAUAUGUGGCCAAGAGCGUUGACUUUGCCUAUCUCGCCGCCUUCUUGUCGGGAUGUAUUAUAUUGUUACUCGGGGUUCUGCAAUUAGGUUUUCUUUUAGACUUCAUUUCCAAGCCAGUAAUCAGCGGUUUUACUACGGCUGCGGCGUUGCAGAUUGCUGCUGCUCAACUCAAGUCACUAUUUAGGAUAUCAGGGUCGUCAGGAGACACCUUCAUAGAUGCCAUAGCAAAUUUCUUCAAGCAUAUAAAGACGAUUCAACUUUGGGACACCGUUCUCGGGAUAUCCUGCAUCAUCGCUUUAUUAUUGCUUAAAAAAUCAGCUUUAAAAACGUCGGCGUCUUCUUCCCGCUGCCGCCGGCGUCUGUCCUGCUUGCUGCUGUACACGGUCCGCGCCAGGAACGCCCUCGUGGUGUUCGCGGCCGCCAUACUCGCUGCCGUGUUACAUGCCUACCACAUCACGCCCUUCGCUCUUACUGGUAAAAUCGAAGGCGGCCUGCCUAAGUUCGGGCCCCCGCCGUUCAGCACGGUGGUGAACGGCACGCAUCUGACCUUCCCCGGCAUGCUGGCCACGCUGGGCGCGGAGGGGCUCGUCAUGCCGCUGGUCGCUGUGCUGGAGAGCAUUGCCAUCGCCAAGGCUUUUGCGGGUAGCAAACCAGUGGACGCCACACAGGAGAUGAUUGCCAUCGGUGCUUGUAACCUAGUGUCAUCAUUCUGCCAGAGCAUGCCUGCCACGGGAUCCUUCACGCGCACCGCACUCAACCACGCCAGCGGGGUCGUCAGCCCUGCCGGCAGUCUGUUCAAAGCAAGCGUAGUCCUGUUAGCAGUGACGCUUCUAGCUCGCUGGUUCUACUUCAUACCGCGCGCGACACUCGCCGCUGUCAUUAUGGUGGCUAUGAUAUCUAUCAUCGAACUGAAGAUAGUCAAGUUGCUUUGGAAGAAUAGCAAAAUCGAACUACUGGUGUAUCUGAUAACUGUAGUAGUGGGGGCGGCCGCGGGGCUGGAGUAUGGCAUCCUGGCGGGGGCGGCGGCCGACGCAGCUCGUGCGCUUGCUGCAGCCGCCAGACCACAGCUGCAUACACAUGUGUUUAAGGUGGGAAAUCUUGAUUGUCUUUCGAUCACGCUAGUCGGCACUCUGUCGUACGGCAGCGCGCAGUACUUGGGGUCACAGGUUCGAUCCCGAGUGUCUCCGCGUACAUCCAUACUUGUAUUAGACGCCAGGCAGUUACAUUCUAUGGACAUCGGUGUUGCUGAGAACCUGAUAACAGUGUUAGAAGACUUAGAGGAGAAGCAACAUUGGUUCCUGCUGUGGAACUUCCCUGACCGACUGCGCCGCCUGGUGGAAGACCUGCGGCCCACGCUCGCGGCUAGAUUUGUCUCCGGGCCCAGCAUUGACCAGCACAUACUUGGUCUGGACAUCGACAGACGAGAAUAUAAUAAUACAUUUAAUCAAAUAUUUAAUUGAAUUUGGACAGAUUUUCUCGUGACUUUGACAGUUUAUCAGUAGCAAGAAGCAGUAUAUCUAUAAUAAUUAUAAUAGAACAAAAUACAUAGAAGAUGUUAUGACUAGAUAUAGUCUCAUAACGAAGCAUCGCGCCUGUAUCCUUAAAGGGGUAGGCAGAGGUGUAAAGUAUACAGGGUGUUAGUGACAUCGUAACGAAAACUUUGAGGGAUGAUUCAGACCGUGAUUCUGAGUUGAUAUCAAGUGGAAUUUUCCAUCGCAAAAGUAUAAAAUUAAAAAUAAUUUUAAAAAAGCACAUAAUAACGGGUUCUUACCGCGUUUAAAUGGGGAUAUGAGACUCUCGAUAUUUCGACACAGUUGCAAGUUUUAAACGCGGUAAGAACCCGUUAUUUAACGUUAUUUAACCCCCAUUUAAACGCGGUAAGAACCCGUUAUUAUGUGCUCUAAUUAUGAUAAUAACCGCGUAAACUUAAAACAAUGUAUAAUUUAAAAAAACUAAAAAAAAAACAUGAAUUUUGCGACGGAAAAUUCCACUUGAUAUUAACUCAGAAUCAUGGUCUGAAUCAUCUCCCUCAGUAUUCGUUACGAUGUCACUGACAUGCUUGCAGCUAUGUUUAAGUUCAUGUGAUAUCAAUUUAUCUAUGAUCCAAACAUGAAUUCAUACUUAAAGUAGAAUUCAGUGGUGGUGGUCAACGGCCUCCGUGGUCCAGUGGUUGAGCGUUGGGCUCACGAUCCGGAGGUCCUGGGUUCGAUUCCCAGUGGGGACAUAUCACAAAAAUUACUUUGUGGUCCCUAGUUUGGUUAGGACAUUACAGGCUGAUCACCUGAUUGUCCGAAAGUAAGACGAUCCGUGCUUCGGAAGGCACGUUAAGCCGUUGGUCCCGGUUACUACUUACUGUGUAAGUACGUAGUCGUUAUAAAUGAAUCAUGUCAGGGGCUGGCGGCUCAAUAGUAACCCUGACACCAGGGUUGAUGAGGUUGGUAAUUCGCCUCACAACCCACACGAUAGAAGAAGUGGUUUAGAGCCCGAAUCGGGAUUCAAACCCGUGACACUGUGAAGUAAGUCACGUGGUCUAUCACGCCCGUAAUCCCUAUUUGGGUGCGACAGUCAGGAGGCUGUAUGUGUAACAAGCAUUAGUUUUCUGCGUUUAGAAUAAAUGUUGGUGCUUAUCUUUCUCAAGGGUACUUUCUCAGUGAUAAUUAUUAUAUUAUACCUAUUAGAUAGACAAUGGUGCCGAUUCCAGGGGGGUUAAAAUGGCCACAUCGAAGCAAUUCAUCUAAGAAAGCAAUAUUGCAAUUUGACAUUAAAAUUUGCGCAUAUAAAAAAAAGUAAGUGCGCAAUGCAAACAAAUGUCAAAUAGCAAUAUUGCUUUCUUAGAUGAAUUUGACAUUAAAAUUUGCGCAUAUAAAAGUAAGUGCGCAAUGCAAACAAAUGUCAAAUAGCAAUAUUGCUUUCUUAGAUGAAUUUGACAUUAAAAUUUGCGCAUAUAAAAGUAAGUGCGCAAUGCAAACAAAUGUCAAAUAGCAAUAUUGCUUUCUUAGAUGAAUUUGACAUUAAAAUUUGCGCAUAUAAAAGUAAGUGCGCAAUGCAAACAAAUGUCAAAUAGCAAUAUUGCUUUUUUAGAUGAAUUGCUUCGAUGUGGCCAUUUUAACCCCCCAGUACGCACCAUCUGAUUUUAUUCCAAGUUAUACCUGUCAUUUUCUUAUCCCCCGAAAAGGAAAGGGACGGGCAAUAAAAUGUACGGAACAGACGUCAAUUUUAGGCAGAAAUUUAAAACGCCCUCCCAAAAUUUUUUAUUUGCUAAUAACCAGACAGAAUUAAGUUGACAGCACACGUCAAACAGGUUGCAUAUAAGUGAGAAAGAAAGAAUAUAACAAUUGCCAAUCAUCCGUCUCUUUCCUUUACGGCGGAUUAGAAAAAACUUAAAGUAAAAUUAGGAGGUGUCUGCAAGAAUCGGAGCCACUGAGAGACUAUCCAGGCUACGUUCCCUAAAAUAAUUAUAGAUGGCGCUGUACAGAGUUACCUUCGUUUAUCCUUCUAAUUUCAUAGAUAACAGGACUUAAUAUUAAUUCGUAGGAUAACAUACAUAUCUUUGUUUUUGGGUAUAAAUGGUUAUUACACCCAGGCACAAUACAUCUUAUUAUUCUGUUCAAAAUAAAGAGAAGCAAUAUAAGUAAUGUAGACGACAGGUCGACAUGGCAAUUCUCUAGUGACGUGACGUUUUCAAUAUCGAUAUAUUUUUAUUAUGUAUGUAACAAAAUGUGAAUAAAAUAAUACCACGUUUUCAUUUAAGUUAAUAUUUAUUCAUCUGAAUCAUCUAACGUUAAUUUUAUUUCUAAAUAUAUUCUUAGUUUUCAAUAAUUUCUUAGCAAGUAUAUGUAAAAUAUACUUGCUAUAUUUAUAAUUUUGAUUGACCAUAAAUAUUUAGAUUAGAUUUCUUUUAAAUCUAUUGUUUUUCUUUUGUGUUAAUGUUAAUUUCUAAUUCAAUAAAUUAUGUGAGCGAGAUUAUAAUCGAUAAACGCGGUCGAUACGGACUCGUGCGACACUAAGACGCCGCGGGGACUGUGCGGGUAUGCGGGGCGACCCCGCCUCCGCGGCUCACCUCAUGCCCCGAUUGCCAUGUCGACCUGUCGUCAACAGUAGCAACAUAAUUCUAUACCAUAUCUGAUCUAUAUCAAUCAACAAUUAUUUUUAUAAGUGUAUGCUUCUGCCAUUACAUUAUAAUUUUGCAUAAUUAUGUACAAUAAGAAAAUAGGUAACUAUCAUGUUAAAUGUGUACAACGCCAUCUAUAUUAUUUUGGAGGACGUUGCUUGGAAAGUCCCUUAUUCAGAUGAUGCUGUAAGCAAGUAGAUGGUGCGUACAGUCACGAGCAAUAUAAUGUACCCACUUUAGGACUCUGUCGCACUAACAUAUUUGACUUUUAGUGAGACUUACGGUUCAAUUUGUCAAAAAAAAUAAUGUGACAUGGUACCAAAUUGUAUACAUAUUAAUGCUCGUGACCGUACAUAAAUAGCGUAUAUAGGGUGUUAGUGACAUCGUAACGAAAACUUUGAGAAAUGAUUCUGACCGUGAUUCCGAGUUGAUGUCAAGUGGAAUAUUCCGCCGCAAAAGUAUGGCACUGAAAAUAAUUAAAAAAAAACUAAAAUAUUCAUGGUUUUUCCGAUAGGAAAUUCCAUUUGAUAUUAGCUCAGAAUCAUGGUCUGAAUCAUCCCCCUCAGUAUUCGUUACGGUGUCACUAACAUCCAUACAUACUUGUAUGGCUACCUGUACGUACUUGUAUGGGGUGUAAGUGACAUCGUAACGAAAACUUUGAGGAUUGAUACAGCUCAUUAUCCUGAGUUAAUAUCAGGUGGAAUUUUCCAUCGCAAAGGAAUAGAAUUGAAAAUAAUUUUAUGAAACACAAAUGAAACCUGAAUUUUGCGACGGAAAAUUCCACUUGAUAUUAACUCAGAGUCAUAGUCUGGAUCAUUGCCCUCAGUAUUCGUUACGAUAUCACUAACACCUUGUAUGCGUCCUAAGUUACCGAAUCUAAGUCAAAUGUUGACGUCACACCCGUAUUCUGGUAUGUUAACUCGAAUCUUCCUUGACUCUGUCCUUAGUUGAGGCAACUAAGACUUUCUUUUAUUUUUAUACCACUCAGCCGUGCUUAGGGAAACUCACAAACACAAUGACAUCAUCACCAGCUCAUUAACGUCCCCACUGCUGGGGCACGGGCCUUCCCUAUGGAUGGAUCCCUAUCCAUCCAUAGGGAAGGCCCUUAAACCAUCACGCGGGCCCAGUGCGGAUUGAUGGUUAUUAACGACUGAUAAUGCAGCCGGGACCAACGGCUUAACGUGCCUUCCAAAGCACGGAGCAGUUCGAGAUGAAAACUUUUUUUUUUGUGGUCACCCAUCCUAUGACCGGCCUUUGCGAAAGUUGCUUAACUUCAACAAUCGCAGACCGAGCGCGUUAACCGCUGCGCCACCGAGCUCCUCAAACACCAUGUCAUCUACAUGUAACUGUAGACUUAUCGUUCUAAGAAAUAUUAGUACUUAAUAUUUUAGAUAGAUAGCGACGGCGUCGGCUUAAUGACGAUAAAUAAAAUAAAAAUAAAAUAAAAUAAAGUUUUGUUUACAAUAACCUUAAUUAAUAAUAAUCAGGGUUGGAGCCUGCUAGUAUGUGCAAAAACACCUGUGACAACAGGAUCCGCUUCUCUAUGGCCAUUCUUAAUUAUACAACAUAUUUUUUAUUAUUAACUAAAAUAAUUAUAAAUAUGUUUAUUUUCUUUUUUAUUAUUAUUUAUUUUAUUUUUCAGAUAUUUUUCCAUAGUUUGUUAUUAUGGACAAAUGUCUGAAUUACGGCUUAUUCUAUUUUAUACAUGAUUGAAGAAUUUCGCAUGGACAGGAGGAGGACCCGGUCGUGUAAUGGAUAACACGCUUGUACCGGAUUGACAAAAGCUGCGGGUUCAAGUCACAUCUGACUCAGUUUUUUCUUUGUGACUUUAAAAAAAAAACUCGGAAUCAGCUCAAGAUCGGUAUUCUUAGACGGUGCCUCGAGUUUACUCCAGUGGGGUUGAGUGGACACCCCGGCCAAGUAGUUAAUGCCAUCUGCGGCAAAUCUACAAUAAGUCACGUCAAAAAAAAAGAGUGGACACCAUGACGUCAUUAUUUACAUUUGUUGUUUCUUUAUGUUGGCAGUAUGAUAUGAUUGACUACAGUGAGUUAAGUCCUCAAGUCGAUAACUUAUAUGUCAAUUUAAAAUACCAAAAUCCUUAGCUAAUUCGAGUGGACGAAGUUUUCCAGUUAACAUAUUAAAAUGCGGGUGUUAGAAUUUUUUAAUACAUUCCACUAUAAACCAAAGUUACUUAAUAUUAGAUAGGUCUUCUUAGAUAGGUUUGAAGAGAGAAGAUUAAAUAGGUGUCAGAUUAUAGAUAUAAGAGAAAUUAUAUUACAUAGAUACUUUAGUUGUACAUGGAUUUUAUUUUGUGUAAAUAAAAUGAUUAUUAUUCA